AUGACACAGUCAUUUAAUUGUUUAAUUUUAAACACUAGUACUAUAAUUUCAAUUCCCAUUUUUAAUGAAGCCGAUAAAGUUAAUAAAAUGUUCAUUAUGUAUCAAGGUCAAAAGCUCCACGUGAGCAGCUUCUCAGUCGCGAUACUUAUUGAAUAUAUCUGUAAGAAAACUAAUAUUAAUUAUCCCGAUAUGAAACUCUGGAAAAUUAAUAAGAAGAAAGAAGAAAUCGAAAAUAAAAAUGUUCUUACCGGAGAAGACAUUGAAAAGGAACUUAAUGGGAAAGAAAUGGAACUGCAAAAAUUAUUCAAAACAUAUUUUAUAAAUGAAUUGAAUCAAGCUAAUAGUCAAGAUGAUGAAGAUGAUGAAGAUGAUGAAACUGCGGAGAAUAUUCAUAUUAUCGCAAUUUCUACCACUGAUACUGUUGCAAUUCCAGAAUCUAUUGAUGAUAAACUUGAAAAGAUGAGUUUAGAAUUUAGAAACGGAUUAGGAGAUGUGAGAACAGAAUUAGGAGAUAUGAGAACAGAAUUAGGAGAUGUGAGAACAAUUUUAGGCAAUAUAUAUGAAUUAUCAGCACGUUCUGAAGUAUCCAAGUUCCUGGGAUCACAUUACACCUCAAAAUUCGAAAUUUUUGACCUUAACGGUCUGGAAAAGGCGUUAUAUGAUUCUCAAGUGUAUGUUUCAUCAUAUCGUGUUCACAAACUCUCUGAUUUUAUUUAUACAAAAAAUAUGCGAGAUUGCCUUAAUUCAGCAAUAGAAUAUAUUCGUAAACUACCAAAUGACAAUAGUAAUUAUUUCAAGAACCUCCAACAACUUGCAGAUAAAGGGAAAAUUGCACUUAAGAAGUGGGAAUCUUUUGAGAACAAUUCAAAUAAUAAGACAUCUGAAAAAAAAUUAUAUCUGACGAAUACGCGCUCAUUAUGCAUUAUGCUAAUGACAUCAUAUGUAUUAGAUGUGAAGUUAGCUAUAGCUAACGAACAGGCCCCGUUCAAUACGAUCCUAGAUAUUGAUUUUCGAGGCAGAACAUCAGGCUCAGAUAUUUCAGAUGUCACAAUUGAGUUAGGGGAGAUUAAAUUGUCAAGCGGAAAUAAAGCAAUUAAAAAAGCCUACAGGCAAUUGUUAUUACGAUUAGCAGUCUUAAGUUUUGUAGUUGAAGCGAUGAAUAAAGAUGAAAAGAAUAAAGAUGAAAAGAAUGUCAAAGUCAAGUGUAGGUUAAUCGGCAAAAUUUUUGUUCCAAAAAUAUCUGAAAUCAGUAUUCAGCCUAGAUGGGCAGAUGGGAUUAAGUUCUCCAGUUUUGCUGAAUAUCAUGUAGAUAUUAUUAAAAUAGGGGAGAAACAUUAG